CGCUGACGUCACGACAACAAAUGCCGUCAGACUCACGGGAUGUCGUCCGAUCGGUUCAGUGACUAACAACAAAUUAUCACCUGGUAUUUUCUCAUUUUAUCUGACUCAUAUAAUCCUAAGAUAUAAGAACCCAAAGUGCAGUUUAAGACAUUAAGGAACCUAAGACUAGAAGGAACUGUCAGCAUUGACGAUAACUUCCGGGUUUUGUAAAGCGGAUCCAAAAUGGACGCUCAAGUCAUGGAAAGGGGGAGGGCAGAAAGUUCUAGUACCGAAGAGGAGCGGUACCAAGCGUUGAAGAGGGAAUGUCACGACGCCUUCAUCUACGUAGACCAGGCCCUCACUUCCGACGAGAGCGGGGACAUGGCGAAAGCCGUGGAACUUUACCGGCGGGCGCGUCAUCACUUGGAAAAGGGGUUCGGGAUCCAGUGUAGCAGAGAAGAGGCCACGAAACUUCGAAGUAAGAUGACAAGGUCAUUGGCUCAAGUUCAGGCCAGGCUUGAGUACCUAGAACCAAUGAUGGCGUCACAACAGAACGGUCAAGCAGUUCCUGUUCAGCCAACUGCACCACCAAGGGAAAUAGAGCCUCCGGCUCCUCCUUCUACUACUAGACCAGUAGCCCCCCCUGCACGCCCUCCCCCACCCUCAUCAGUACCCCAGGGGGCACCUGCCGCCCCCACACAAGCAGAUAAUGAUUUACCCCCUGCGUACUCAGAAGUGGUUCCGCGGGGUCACAUUUCGGCAGGGUCUACCGCCGAUGAGCGAGAUUUUAUUUCUCUGGGAGACAGUAUCCUGUCCGAGGAGGAGGCGUCAAGAAGGAGUAGUGUCUUUACGGAUGCAGAUGAACUCCUGUGCAUCCCAGACGGGGUACAGAUCUUCUAUGUCAGUCCCGACGGAAGUGUCAGCGCCCCGUCUUACCCGGGCCCGCUCAGAAUCGUCAAAAUCCCAGAGCAGAACACCACCUUCCUUCAAGUCUCUGACUGGCUGUACCCUCUCGUCCCUGGCCAAUCGCCAGCCCUGCACAGCAACAACGGAGCCUACAUGUUCCCCGACGUCCUGUCGGGACACUACGGCUCUUGUGUGGGGGUUGUCAUCUCCUCAGAGGUGGACGCCGUGCAGCAGGCACAGUUCCAGAGCCUGCUGCAGGAGUACACACAACUCCAUACACAGCCUCCCGAGGCUCAGGCAGGGGUUGGAGAGGCCGGUGUUGGGGACCUGACUCAGGUGGUGGGAAUGAGGGGUGCAGCUCCUACAGCACCACCAGCAGAAGCCCCAAGGAGACCAGAGGUUGCACCACAAAGACCUGAAGUUGCUCCACGCAGACCUGACGUUGCUCCUCGAAGGCCAGAAGUUGCACCAGAGAGACCUGCAGUUGGUCCACAGAGACCAGCAGUUGCUCCAGAAAGGCCUGCGGAACCCACAACCAAUAAGGAAGUGCCUCAGUGGAGCCAGAAGGUGUCAAAGGGACUAGUUGUAGGAGCUGAGUGGGUGUCCUGGGGAGCAACAAAGGGAGCUGAACUGACGGGAAAGCUGGUGACCAAGGGGACGGCCAAGCUGAAGGAACGUAUCAAGCCUGACGAGAAACCUGCCGAGGUGGAUCCCAAAUACGUCAAGGGGGCACAGGUUGCCAGGGCUACGACCCACGUGACCUUGAAAGUGACGAAGGCUGUGGUGCUGGCUGUGAGAGAUCUGACCUUGAGAGUAGGGCGUGAGUUGGCCCCCCACGUGAAGAGGGUGGGCACCCAGCUGCUGCCAGACAGCGUGAAGGACGACACUGAUGGGAAGAAGAAGCAGACCAUGGACGGGGUCGUAGAGGUCGCGGCAGGUGGAUUGCAAGCCUUCAGCACGGUGUACCUGGCCCUAGAGGCUGCAGCUGUCUCUAUUGCCAAGAACAUUGGUAAUGCCACAGUGGAGACUGUUGAACACAAAUACGGCACCCAGGCUGGGCGGGUAGCAGACGACGCAGUCAACACCGUGGGGAAUGCCGGUCUAGCCUGGCACUACAUGGACGACAUCGGCAUCAAGGCUAUUCUCAAGAGGACGGCAAAAGAUGCAGGGAAGGCUGCAAUAGAGGACUAUAGGAGGGAUAAGGGUGCAGGGGGCGGGGAGGGUAUGGGGAAAGGGGGGUCGGAAGGAGCAGGGGUGGGCGGCCGGGGGCCAUGGGGAACAUGCUUUAAUGUGCAAUGUGUGGCUGUUUUGAAGAACUACGUGUUCAACAAAUAA